AUGGCGACACCUCUGCUCGUGCAGCGCACAGCUGCAUUCGUCAAGCAGCAGCUCCAGUCCAACGACGCGUCGCACGACUGGAGCCACAUUCAGCGUGUCUGGACGCUCGCGCAAUCGCUGGCAAAGGAAGAGUGCGUGUCCGAAGAGGGUCUGGAGGUUGUCGAUCUGGCUGCGUUGCUGCACGACAUGGACGACUGGAAGUACCAGAGCGACCGAGAGAAGCCCACGACGCGAGCUGCGGCGUUCCUGGAGUCGGAGCACGUACCACGUGACAAGAUUGAGCGCGUGAUGGCCAUCAUCGACACGAUGGGGUUCAAAGAAGAGCUUGCAGGCAACCGACAGCACCCGUACUCGAUUGAGUAUGGCUGCGUCCAGGACGCUGAUCGACUGGAUGCGAUCGGAGCUAUUGGAAUCGCGCGCUGUUUCACGUACGGGGGCUCCAAGCGACGACCGCUCUACGAUGCGGAUGUCCUUCCCACGACGAGCAUGACGAAGGAGCAGUACAUGGACCCGACCCGUGCGAACACCACGAUCAACCAUUUCUACGAGAAACUGCUCAAGCUGCGCAGUCUGAUGAAGACGGACGCAGGAAGGCGACUGGCGGCUGAACGCCACGCUUUCAUGGAGACGUUCCUCGCCCAGUUCCACAACGAGUGCAGCGGGAGGGGAUAG